UAAAAAUUAAAUGUAAUAUCGUAUGUAUAAUAUAUAUUGUUUUGCAGGUCGUAAGUACGAUAAAAACGGUAAUGCCGUAGAGUGGUGGACGCAAGAAACUAUCAAUAAAUACGAGGAAUUAGCACAAUGUUUUGUCGAGCAAUAUAACAGUUAUUUGGUACCAGGCUUAAAACAAUCGAAAAUUUACGUAAAUGGACGAUUAUCGCUAGGAGAAAACAUCGGUGAUUCCGCUGGCCUCGUAGCUGCGUACAAAGCGUACAAGAACAGAAAAGCAAGAUUGAACGAGCCUGAAUUGCGAUUGCAGGGAUUGGAGGACUACAGCGACGAUCAGUUAUUCUUUAUGAGUUUCACACAGUUGUUCUGCGAAAGUGCCAUGCCACAGCAUAUACUCCAGCAAAUGAUGCAGCUAGACGUGCAUCCCAUGCCAGAAACGAGAAUACGAGGCAGUUACUCGAAUUUCCCCGAAUUCUCCAAGGUUUAUAAUUGCUCGGCAGAAAAGAGAAUGAAUCCGGAGAAAAAAGCUCUCUUGGUAGCCGCAACGUGUUCGCAAAUAGCGUUCGCGGCUCCGAAGAGUAAUUACGAUACACACCGGAAUUAUAAAUUGUGCACCACGCAAAAUUGCGUGAACGAAGCGUUGAGGAUCUCAGGCUAUAUCGACCGCACGGUUGAUCCUUGCGAUAAUUUUUACAAAUUCGCUUGUGGCGGAUGGGUAAAAAAUAAUCCGGCAAAUAUGUCAUAUCCAGAAAUUAGCUCUGUGUUAGGUCGGUCGAGUCUCACCCAGAAAACUUUAGAGAAACUUAAAGAGAUUUUAGAAGAUGCUCCCAAAUUGGACGACACGCUUUCCUUGGAAAAAGCGAGGAAGCUAUACAACAUGUGCAUGGAUACCGAGGAACUCAAGAAGAUCGGAAUCAGUGCCCUUAGAGAAGUUGUGCGGAAGAAUGGCGGGUGGCCAAUGACUAUGUCCCCUGGGGAGUGGGAACGGAAAGAAUAUAAUAGAACGUGGCAACAAGUUAGCGACAUUUUGCAGAAUAACGUGUUCGACAAUGGCCUUUAUAGGAUAUCGAUCACGGAAGAUAACAAAGAGUCCGAUAUCAACAUUAUUAUUGCCAUCGUUGUACCUAACUCCUAUGUCUCACGCCACAUCCUGAUCAGGUUCGAAAAAGAUUCGCUUUUCCUUGAGAAAAAGAUGUCCUACAAGUCCUACAUCGAGACAGUUGCGAAUAUGUUUGUGGAGGACAGUGGCGCGUAUGUCGAGAAGGAUGCAAUCAGUCAGGAAGCGCUUGACGUCGUGAAUUUCGAGAUUGAACUGGCUAAGGUUACUACUGAAAUCACCAAUCUAACUAUUGACAAAAUCAACAACUCGUUAACUAUCGAAGAAUUGCAACAGGCAUAUGAUGCGCAACGUCCUGAAAAGAGCAAGAUAAACUGGUUUUAUCGUAUUCAAAGACUAUUCGCGCCGGAAGGAAUUAAGAUCAAUUCAUCUGAGAAGCUUAUCGUUCCCAAGUUUCUCACCUCUCUGGUUCCUUUACUGGAGCGUACGCCCAGUCGUACAAUCAUAAAUUACAUGCAAUGGAACCUUAUCAGAGCUCUGUUACCUUAUACCGAACGUACGGAAAAAAUCGCUGUUCAACUUGCCGUUGACUUCAAAAACAAGAUUCCGGAAUUCUCAAGGUGGAAGAGGUGCUUGCAGAAGGAUGCCAACUUACAUACGGCAAUCUCACAGGAGUAUGCCAAGAGACACGUGCAGCUCGAAAAUAAACAAGACAUCAGCGAUAUGAUCACGGACAUUGCAAAUGUCGUUCGCGGUCAAAUUAGAGCAUCCACUUGGAUGGACGAACCUACGAAGGAGGCUUCUCUCGAGAAAUUAAAAAGCAUGGGAAAACAAAUUCUACUCCCCAAUUGGUUCAGCAACGAAGCUAUUGAUAAAUAUUACAAUGGCUUAGCUGUCACUUCGGAAUAUCUCCAAAGUGUGAUAAAUGUAUUUAGAUUCAAAUUCAAGAAAAUUUUAGGCAAACUGCGAAAACCUGUCGACAACAGCGAAAAAGGAUGGCUUGUGGAACCGACGAGUGUAAACGCUUAUUAUUAUCCAACUAGCAAUGAAAUUGUUAUUCCUGCUGCAGUAACGCAAAGUCCCGUAUACGACAAAAACCGUCCUGCAUUCAUGAACUACGGAGCACUAGGAGUUUUCGUCGGGCACGAAAUAAAUCAUGGUUUCGAUAAUUUGGGUCGUAAGUACGAUAAAAACGGUAAUGCCGUAAAGUGGUGGACGCAAGAAACUAUCAAUAAAUACGAGGAAUUAGUACAAUGCUUUGUCGAUCAGUAUAACAGUUAUUUGGUACCAGGCUUGGAACAAUCGAAAAUUUACGUGAAUGGACGAUUAUCGCUAGGAGAAAACAUCGCUGAUUCCGCUGGCCUCGUAGCUGCGUAUAAAGCGUACAAGAACAGAAAGGCAAGAUUGAACGAGCCUGAAUUGCGAUUGCAGGGAUUGGAGGACUACAGCGAUGAUCAGUUAUUCUUUAUGGGUUACACGCAGUUGUUCUGCGAAAGUGCCACGCCACAGCAAAUACGCCAGAAAGAAUUGCUCCAGCUAGACGUGCAUCCCAUCCCAGAAGCGAGAAUACGAGGCAGUUACUCGAAUUUCCCCGAAUUCUCCAGGGCUUAUAAUUGUUCGGCAGGAAAGGGAAUGAAUCCGGAGAAAAAGUGUGCUCUGUGGUAACAAGCAGAUAUUAGCAUUUAUUAGCACUGUAAUGUUGUGUCGUAAUAUGUAGACACGAUCGUGUA